GAAAUUGUUUUGAAGGCACAGAUUCUGGCUGGAGGGAGAGGAAAAGGUAUUUUCAAUAGUGGAUUGAAAGGAGGAGUUCAUCUGACUAAAGACCCUAAGAUUGUUGAACAGCUUGCUAAACAGAUGAUUGGGUACAAUCUGUCAACAAAGCAAACUCCAAAGGAUGGUGUGAUAGUUAAAAAGGUGAUGGUUGCAGAAGCACUGAAUAUUUCCAGGGAAACGUACUUCGCAAUUUUGAUGGACAGAGCCUGCAAUGGACCUGUUAUGGUUGGCAGUCCACAGGGUGGUGUUGACAUAGAAGAAGUUGCAGUUACUAGCCCAGAACUUAUCUUUAAGGAGGAAAUAGAUAUUUUUGAAGGCAUAAAGGAUCAUCAGGCAUUGCAGAUGGCAAAAAAUUUGGGAUUCAAAGGACAUUUGCAACAGCAGGCGGCAGAUCAAAUUAAGAAGCUGUAUAAUCUUUUCUUGAAAAUUGAUGCCACUCAGGUUGAAGUGAAUCCCUUUGGUGAAACUCCAGAAGGGCAAGUUGUUUGUUUUGAUGCCAAGAUAAACUUUGAUGACAAUGCAGAAUUUAGGCAAAAAGAAAUAUUUGCUAUGGAUGACAAGUCUGAAAAUGAGCCUAUAGAGAACGAAGCUGCCAAAUAUGACUUAAAAUAUAUAGGACUGGAUGGAAAUAUUGCUUGCUUCGUCAAUGGAGCUGGACUUGCAAUGGCAACCUGUGAUAUAAUAUCCUUGAAUGGUGGAAAGCCAGCCAACUUCUUGGAUCUCGGUGGAGGUGUGAAAGAAGCACAAGUUUAUCAAGCAUUCAAACUGCUGACUGCUGAUCCAAAGGUUGAAGCAAUCCUUGUAAACAUUUUUGGUGGGAUUGUGAACUGUGCCAUUAUCGCCAAUGGAAUUACCAAAGCCUGCCGAGAGCUGGAGCUGAAGGUACCUCUGGUGGUCAGACUGGAAGGAACAAAUGUUCACGAAGCCCAGCGUAUUCUGAAUGAAAGUGGACUCCCCAUCACGUCUGCAAAUGACCUUGAGGAUGCAGCAAAGAAGGCGGUGGCUAGCGUGGCCAAAAAAUGACAACUUGAAGAUUAUUCUCAUGGAAAGUGUAUGUGUUUCACAAGGUGUCAUUCCUAUCGUUAUUUCAGAGAGGAUUAGUGGAGUUUUUCUAAGCAGUCAUCAGACUGGGUGGACUUAAUUUGUGAUACAUGGCAAACUCAGGCCAUAGGCUUGCAAGUCAGGCUUCAGAAAUUUUGCAGCUACAUUCUUGAAAAGUUUGGUCAAGUUUGUUACUAAGUUUGGUCAUUUUGUUACUCAGAAUUGUCGUAAGUAAUACUUCACUUCAUAAAGAUCUGUUUCUUCUUUCCUUCCAAAAUUGUCACUGAUAAACUCAUGAUAAGAUACAAUAA